UCUUCCUUCUAGGGUGAAGCUAUGAUCUAUAUGGAGCCAGAAAAACAAGUCAUGUCAAGAUCUGCCGAUGAGUGUGUGGUGGCUCUUUGUGAUCAAUGGUACUUGGAUUAUGGUGAAGAAACAUGGAAGAAACAGACUCAUGAAUGCCUGAAAAAUCUUGAAACAUUUUGUGAAGAGACAAGAAGAAAUUUUGAAGCUACUCUAGACUGGCUGCAGGAACAUGCAUGUUCAAGAACAUAUGGAUUAGGUACUCGUUUGCCUUGGGAUGAGCAGUGGCUGAUAGAAUCUCUCUCUGAUUCAACUAUCUACAUGGCCUUCUAUACAGUGGCUCAUCUCCUACAAGGGGGCAAUCUCCGUGGACAAGGAGAGUCUCCAAUGAGGAUCAGGUAAGAAGGAAGGGGAAGGAAUUCUUAUCAUCAUUGU